GCCGCCGAGCCUAGGGCGAGCGCGCCUCUUGCCCGCCGCCCGUCCCCGCUGCCCGCAGCCUCGUCCCCACCGCCGCCGCCCCCGGGGCAUGGCCUGUCUGACGGCCGCUUUCUCGGUCGGCACCGCCAUGAAUGGCAGCAGUCACUCUGCAGCAAUGACAGAGCCCAAGUCAGUGUGCGUCUCUGUGGACGAGGUGGUCUCCAGCAGCAGGGAGGUGAUAGAGAUGGAGCUGCUGAACGGACUUUUGAAGAAAGAGGAUAACAGUCUCACAGAGGCCCAGCGCCUCUCCUCCCUGCCGCGGAGGGCGGCUGUGAACAUCGAAUUCAAGGACCUUUCCUACUCGGUCCCAGAAGGUCCCUGGUGGAGGAGGAAAGGAUACAAGACCCUUCUGAAAGGAAUUUCUGGGAAAUUCAACAGUGGAGAGCUGGUGGCCAUCAUGGGUCCUUCCGGGGCUGGGAAGUCCACGUUCAUGAACAUCCUGGCCGGAUACAGGGAGACGGGCAUGAAGGGCGAGGUCCUCAUCAACGGCCUCCCGCGGGACCUACGCUGCUUCCGGAAGGUGUCCUGUUACAUCAUGCAGGACGACAUGCUGCUGCCUCACCUGACCGUGCAGGAGGCCAUGAUGGUGUCUGCGCAUCUGAAACUCCAGGACAAGGACGAAGGGAGACGGGAGAUGGUCAAGGAGAUCCUGACGGCCCUGGGCCUGCUGUCUUGCACCAACACGCGGACCGGCAGCCUCUCGGGCGGCCAGAGGAAGCGCCUGGCCAUCGCGCUGGAGCUGGUGAACAACCCUCCGGUCAUGUUCUUUGAUGAGCCCACCAGCGGCCUGGACAGCGCCUCCUGCUUCCAGGUGGUCUCCCUGAUGAAGGGGCUGGCCCAGGGGGGCCGGUCCAUCAUCUGCACCAUCCACCAGCCCAGCGCCAAGCUCUUCGAGCUGUUCGACCAGCUCUACGUCCUCAGUCAAGGACAGUGUGUGUACCGGGGAAAAGUCUCAAAUCUUGUACCGUAUUUGAGGGAUUUAGGUCUGAAUUGCCCAACCUACCACAACCCGGCCGAUUUUGUCAUGGAAGUCGCGUCCGGUGAAUAUGGCGAUCAGAACGGCCGCCUGGUGAGAGCCGUCCGGGAGGGCAUGUGUGACUCUGACUACAGGAGAGAGCCCGGAGGUGAUGGCGAGGUGAACCCUUUUCUUUGGCACCGGCCCUCUGAAGAGGUAAAGCAGGCAAAACGAUUGAAGGGGUGGAGAAAGGACUCCACUUCCAUGGAAGGCUGUCACAGCUUCUCUGCCAGCUGCCUCACCCAGUUCUGCAUCCUCUUCAAAAGGACUUUCCUCAGCAUCAUGAGGGAUUCGGUCCUGACGCACCUGCGGAUCACUUCCCACAUUGGCAUCGGCCUCCUCAUCGGGCUGCUCUACUUGGGGAUCGGGAACGAAGCCAAGAAGGUCCUGAGCAACUCCGGCUUCCUUUUCUUCUCCAUGCUCUUCCUCAUGUUUGCAGCCCUCAUGCCCACCGUCCUCACGUUUCCCCUGGAGAUGGGAGUGUUUCUUCGAGAACACCUGAAUUACUGGUACAGCCUGAAGGCCUACUACCUGGCCAAGACCAUGGCUGACGUGCCCUUUCAGAUCAUGUUCCCCGUGGCCUACUGCAGCAUCGUGUACUGGAUGACGUCCCAGCCGUCCGACGCCGUGCGUUUCGUCCUCUUCGCGGCACUGGGCACCAUGACCUCUCUGGUAGCGCAGUCUCUGGGUCUGCUGAUCGGAGCCGCCUCCACAUCCCUGCAGGUGGCAACCUUCGUGGGCCCCGUCACGGCCGUCCCCGUCCUCCUCUUCUCAGGAUUCUUCGUCAGCUUCCACACAAUCCCCACCUACCUGCAGUGGAUGUCCUACAUUUCCUAUGUCAGGUGAGUCCUUCCAGUCAUGGGUCUGUGAGCCCAAGAAGGACAUGCACACGGGUAUUUUUUCAAGGAUGAUACCUGGAGUGCGGUGAGUACACUGAGGUCACCACCGCAGGAUAAUCUGAUUCGGAGCACCUGAGGCCGUAUCCAGUGAGGAUGUCGACCUGGAAAGCUGCUUUCAUCAGUCUUCAAGUGUCAGCGAUGCCCCUCGCUCCAGCUCUCUCAUCCUAAACCCUCGGCAGCAUAGACCCAGACGCUGCAGUUUGGGUCUCCAGAUGCUUCCCCUCUGCUUUUUGCUGUAGGGAAGAUUGCAUUGCUUUUUGCAAUGGCCCAAGAAAACAUGCAAGCAACUUGUUGAUUUUAUUUUUCUAAGUAGGUGCCGUUAAGAAGUGUGGGGCGGGGGGCGGUGACGUGCUACCUUUCAUACGCUGGAAUUUAAACCAGGCCGACUUCCCAAAUCUACUUCUUUUAAGUAAUUUCUGAAUGUAAUGACUCAGAUCUUCCUUUCGUCUGAUCGCGCUUCUUCGUUUAGAAGGACGGAGGAAACAUCGGAUGAACGAUGUGCAGCCUUUGCAGUUGUUAGUAGAGAAGAAAGUGGAAGUCCAAAGAAUGUCACUGUUACAUGGAACUGGGGAGAGGAAGGGCCUCCGCUGGGUCCUAGUGCCCGCUCCGCGGAGGCGUCAGGGCCUGGGUCUGCCGACCAGCCCUGUCUCGGGAGCCGUGCACCUCUGUCCACGUUCAUAGCAUUUUGUGCCUCCGUUUCCUCUACCCUUGCUGGGUAUCAGCUCGAGAAUUAAAUGCUUCAAAAGCUCCUGUGUGGGUGACAUGGGAAGGAAAGAAAUCAGGUAAACAUUUUACAUAGAAGAUGCUGGAAUCUGAUUGUCACCUUGUGGGGAGGGGCUUCAGAACCAAGAAAUAGGACUUAAGCUUUUAGGUAAAAACUCAUCCUGGAGACCCACAAAAAGGUCAUUUUCCCACCUAAGAAAGGCACUGCCAGGAGGUCAGGGGCAGGCUGAAUCCACGGGGUAGAAAGCCCGCCGGUGGGUUCACUGAGGAGAGAACAGCUUGGGCCUCAGUGCCCCGAGCAUCCUUCCUUGCCGGGUGGCCCGGGAGCUGGCUGGAUGCCUUACCAACGCCUCUGUUCACUUACUCACUCAGCAGACGUGUGUUGACCCAUCCCUGCAUGCUUGACGUGGCCCAGGCACAGGGGCUUGGAGCUCAGAGCGGGCUCGCCCUCCAGUGCUGGCAGGCCGGAGGGUAUCUUGUUCUGCAGACGCAGGGUGCCGAGGCUGGAGAGGGUCCGUGAGGCCCCGGGUCCAGGGCCGGGAAAGGGCCCACGUCGGACCCCAAAUUCUCUGUUUUUUGUUUUGCCGUAUUGCCUCCUGUUCAUAGUGUGCAAAUGUACAGGAAAACAGUUUGCAAGGUCUGAAAUGCAAUACUAGGUUAGCUCUGGACUUGCCGUCACCAAAUGGACAGCUGAGAUGGGGGGUAGCCUGUGCCCCUUUCCUCAAUCGCCUGGCGUAGGGGUGUCCCGAGCUGGCCUGGGGGCCCAGCUUCUUACCCCCCGUCUCAGUGGAGAGGUGCCUUCCUCUGCCUUCGCUCAGCCUUAGCUUCUUAACUCAGCACACCAGUGGGCUGGCUGGGGCCCGAGAGGGGCUGGUGUGUGUGUGCGCGCACAUGCGUGUGUGCCUAUGAGUGUGUGCAUGCACACACGUGUGCACACACACGAGGGCACGUGCCAGCUCGAUCCGGGUAUGUAUCUCACAGUAUUAUCUGUGGUGUUUCUAAAUCGUCCAUCGUCCUUUACUGCAAGAAAGAAAGAGAACAUUCCCUCACCUCAUGCCUGCCGAGCAGUUGGUAAAGUGUAGUCAGAACCCACUAAGUCUUUCAGCAAAUACCAGCUCCAUUAGAAUGUGACAAAAACCAAAACAAAACAACCCAGCAGGGCGGAGGGUGGUGCAGCGUGUGUGGCUAUAAAGUUAGAUGCUCUGGAGAAAUAAGACUGCUAAUAAAAUAUUGUAUGUAAAACUUUUUACUUGUGUUCAGUGUUAAAUGCUUCAGAUUCAAAAUAACUGGCUUGAACUGUACCAGGCAAAGGGGAAUUUUAGGUUGUAUUUGGAAUAUCUUCGUUGUACGUCUAGCGUGGGUUCUGGUUCAUUCCUCAGUGUUCUGGUCCAACACCCCACUGUCAACAGUCACCCUUCUCUCUCGGUAACUUGCACGUUUUAGGUUGAACUCUCUUAAAGUUUUGUGUUUUUCCUCCGUUUUCCAGCCUCGUCCCCCAUCUCUUCCCUCUUGUUAAUGUCGGCCGGGGCUUUAAGAAAUGCCCGGAGCCCAGAUGCACGGGCCCCACGUGUGCCGCCCUUGCCGUGGUCCCCGGGGACACGGGCCCUGGGUGGGAGGACCGAGGAGCCGGGCGUAGGGUGUUGUCUUAACUCAGCUCUGGUGGGUGAACUACACUGAGCCGCGCUUCCGAGAGCAGCGCGCUCAGGGCCAGGCUGUCAUCCCCGGCUUGCAUUCCUCCUCAGGGACACAGGGCAGAAUGCGGUGCUGGGCCAAGUCCCAGAGUUCACGGCCCCUGCAGUCCCGCCAAGCGACAGGGAGAGAGGGUGCGGGGAGCCUCAGAGGGUACCCUGGGGUGGGGCAAGCUCACGGGGCUCCCUCAGCCUCUUCUCUGCACCCCUCCUGCCCUGCGGACCCCGCCCUUCUUCUGUGCAGCCUCCAUUAAGGUCAUGGUCCUUCAGGUCCGGGCACUUGGCCUCCUGCCUCAGGGAGAUUCCCCGGGGACAGUUAUCCUCUGCCAAAGCCAGAUGUUCCUGACGUCCCUGUUGGCGCGCCUCCCUGGGACCAGAAGCAGGAAUACGUCGGGGAGCCCCGCACCCCCAUUGCACAGUCCAAUUUUCACACCUGCAGGCUCCGCUCAGCCUGUGCUGAAGAUCCAGCCUCCUGGGCAGGAAGUGGGCGUGAAGGUGAUGCGCUCACGCCCAUCCUUCUGCAGGCCUAGCCUAGGUUUUCUGUUAACUAGCGCGUAUCCUUCCCUUCUCCCCAUCUUUAAGGAAACGAGGGUUUAGCAUUAGCUUAAUUUUUUAUGUUACCUCUGAACAGUCCACUUGGAAUCAUUCCUCAGACUGACAUUCUGUGGCCUGCUCGAGCGGACCCUGAGGUCAGCCGAGGAAGCCAGGUUUCUACAAAUGACUAAAGUGAGCACAGGUCAGGCGCAGAGCUCCCGACCACCUCCCUGUUCUCAAAAUAGUCCCGUGGUGUCAGAAAGGAGAAAGUACCCCAGGCACACUGGCCAUCGCCUUCUGUCCAGCCAAGGGGUUAUCACCGUUGGGGGCAUGGCUUCAGGGCUUUUCCACAAUAUAGUGACCAUUGUAAAGCUGAAUGGAAAGGAACAGAAGCACAAAAGUGCCCUCGUGUUGUCACAGGCUGGGCGGAAGCUGAGCCCCGCUUUGGGAAGGAGGGUGGUGGGAUGUGCGUACACAGCUGGAGGGCCCGGCCCACCGGUUCCCAGGGAGACACGCCAAGCCAGGGACGUGGCCACAGGAACGUGUGAGUUCCUCCCCGGGGUUCGUGGUUUGACCCAGAUGUUGGGAACGGCAUGAGCCCAAGACACACGAGCGAAAAAUAGCAAAGCCGGAAGCGAUUACGUUCAGCUGACGUUUUCUCUCAGUGGCGUGGCCCCAUCCCCCGCUUGGUGUGUCUGAAUAAACGUGAAAGAGAACCCUGUUGAUCACCUGUGGGUGCCUUUGGCCUGUACUUUGCACGUGAAUCUAACCGUGGCCGUGAUGCUGUAUACAGUUAAAUGGUAUCUCCUCUGUCCACUGAUGUUCGGACAUCUGAUUCUGGGGAACUUGUAAGCCACCUGCUCGUCCCUCUGCAGGACGGGAGUCAUCCCUCACCUGCAGCAGGCGCCAAGGUGAGCUGGGACGGAGACGCUGAGGCUUGGCUGGCGAGCGUCGGAGUGGUGACAUGUGACCCUCCCUGCCGCCUGCUUGGGGGCCAGUUCUCGAGUCCCGCAGGGCGUCUCCUGGAAGGAGGGUUCGGGGAGCCCUUGUUGCCAGCCACUGAGAGGGGAGCGUUCUUUCAUCUCACCUGCCGUGAGGUGACUGUCCAGCCUCAGCCCCUUCCUUCCAUCACAGCCCUGGAUCAGCAUGGUGGAGCUCUCGAGAAAACAGUGUUUACCCAACAGGGCUUUGCUGAAGCAGAGGAAACAGCAGGCUCGUCUAUUUCUGGGGGAGAAGUUAUCAAACCGACCUCCGCGCUUGGGGCCCCAGCACGUGCUCUCUUGUGCUGGGUGGAAUGGAUCUGGCCUUGAAGGGAAAGGCUGAAAGUCAUGGGUACCUGGGUCAAGGUUAAGGUCCCUAUAUUCAUGGGUUCCUGGACACCCCAGGUGCAACCUGAUCUGAAAGGUACCACGGUUGGUUUCUAUGUCAGUGGCCAUGGUAGAUAUUUUGUUUUUAUAUCUUUACAUGUUUUCACAAUUCUGUCAUCACGUACCUUGGGGGGUCUCUUUUCCACAACCUUCGGAACACAGGUUGCCCAAGCUUCAUCAUAAAUAUCUCAUUUCAAGCCCUCGGCCAGUGAAAGCUGGUAGCCGAAGGUCCUACCAUCGAAACUGCUAACAAAAUGGACCACCCACCCCACACGAGGAGUUUUCUGUUUCUCUAGUCAAAUGCUCCCUGGGGAAGGGGGUGACCAGAAAUGAGUUUCUCCAUAGAAUGAGUAUGUUUCAAAAGUGAGCGUGUGUAGCUGACCCCCUCACCCAGGUUUGUUUUUCCUUUGCAGACCUAGUGGCUUAAUACCUGCUCGUAGCUGAGUCUGAACUGCUGCCUUUUACUUAACGGUUAGCUAGUUAACAUUUUUCCUUUGUUCUUCCUUCCAAAGCAAGGGUCAAUGCAAAUAACACUUUGAAUCAUCGUGUAAAGAUGUGCAUAUGUCUGUAUAUCUAAUACGUAACUAUGUAAUGUCUGGUUUUUAUAACGCUGUGCGGAUAACCUUACAUUGAUUUAGCCACGUGACUUUCGGAAGUACUGUGCUUGCACGCUGGGAGAGGUGUGCACUGUCCCAGGUGAGAACAUCUAUACAUACGCGUACAUAUAUGUGUGUGUGUGUGUAUAUAUAUAUAUAUAUAUAUAAUAACAGCGGCCCCCUUGGAUACUUGUCUCCCUGGCUGUUUCCCUUGGGUCUAUUGGAACAUAGACCCAAGCAGACCCUAACAUGUAAGCUUUCUGACUCUACAGACCGUGGUCCUGCUUUGUAUAUUUCUGCAGAAAUCUCCUUAGAAAAUUUGUACGUGCAUUUUUUGCAGACUUGAACACUGUUUUCUGAAAUUAGAUGCCAUUUAUGAAAAUGUGACAUAAAUCAAAAUAAACA